CCCUCCCUCUUCCUGUGCAGUGUGGGAUCUGGCUUCCCCGCCACGCUAUGGCAAGCAAGAGCUUGGCUGAAGCAGGCAGAGCCGCCCAGGAUCGUCGGGGCCCAGCCCGGAGGCGCCGCGCGUAAGCUCCCCCGCGCCCUGGGGGCUGGCCCUCCCGUCUCUACCCGGCCACCCGUCCCCGUCUCCUUGUGGGGGCGUUGUGCUUCCAGGCGUCCGGAGGGCCGGGCUCGGAGGAUGGCUGGCCCCGGCACGGACCUGCCCGGCGAUCGGCGGCGUCUGCAACAGCAGCAGCAGCAGCGAGCGGAUUCCUGUAGCCAGUGAGAUCGGCGCCGACGGGACAGCGGACGGAGGAUCUAAUCUGUGGCUACUCUGUUCUGGAAGAACGCAAGGAGAUAGAGCGAGGAGUGCCAAAGCGGAGACAGAAGAGGACAGGAAAGCAAGCAGAUAACAAGGCCCGGCCAUGCAGUCCUUUCGGGAAAGGUGUGGUUUCCAUGGCAACCAGCAGAACUACCAGCCGGCUUCUUCGCAAGAUUCAUCACGCCUGGAGAAUUACAGGCAUCAAAGCCAGGCUGGGCCGCACUGCGAUCGUCAGAGGCUGGUGGCAAAAGAGUACUACAGCCAGCAGCAGCAGCAGCAGCAGCCUUUGCCUUACCAAGGCUACGGAGAAAAUAGCACCGUGGAGAAAUAUAACCGGGGGAAUAAGCAACUACGCAGCCAGCAGCUCCCGGGCAGGCCGACGUCCUUUCCUAAUUAUACCGUCCAAGAGAAUAGCCCCUAUCCGGCCCGUUAUUCUGGAGAGGAAGGCCUGCAGGCCUGGGGGUCGCCACAGCAGCAACCCCCACAGGCCUUACCAGGAGGAGUGGCUAAAUAUGAGGAAAAUUUGAUGAAAAAGACAGCCACUCCCUCGGGCAGCAGACCGUACCAUGAGCAGGCCCCCCAGCUCCCAUUCCGAACUCACUCUCUGCACCUCCAGCAGCAGCAGCACUCUACCUUGACAUAUCCCAAGCUCCCAAGGCAGAAAAUCCAGAAUGACGUGGCUUCCCCCAUGUCGUUUCCGCAGGGCGCCCACUUUACCCAGCAUUCCCAGUCUUUCCAGGGCUCCUCAACAUACACGGUUCAAAGUGGGAGCCAAGCUGCUCAUUCCUACAAAAGCUGUAGCGCUCCCUCAGCACCACCACAGCAUGAAAGGACUCUCGGAAAUGCCGCUAACCUGCCCUCUGCGCAACGGGUCCAGAGCCUACACAGCUAUCAGCCUAACCGAAUCAGCUACGACCAACAACAGCAGCAGCAGCAGCAGCCGCAACAACAAUCCAUGCAAGGGAGACAUCAUUCCCAAGAGGCCCUUCACUAUCAAAAUCUAGCAAAAUAUCAGCAUUACAACCAGCCGGGACAGAGCUACUGUCAAGCUGAUGCUCCAGUGAGGACACCGGACCAGUAUUACCAAACAUUUAGCCCCAGUUCCAGUCAUUCUCCGGCUCGCUCUGUCGGCAGGUCCCCGUCCUAUAGUUCUACUCCUUCCCCACUGAUGCCUAACUUGGAGAAUUUCCAAUACAGCCAGCAGUCUUUGAGCACAGGAACAUUCCCAGCAAGCCUUGCUGACCACAGCCAUUUUAUGCCUUUGUUGAACCCUUCACCGACUGAUGGGUCAAGCCCAGAUGCUCAGCCGUCUGGCAACUGCAAGAACUUGCCGAAGGAGAAAAUCCCAGAGAACCUCUUGUCCGAUCUGAGUCUCCAGAGCCUCACAGCGCUCACCUCUCAGGUCGAAAACAUUUCCAACACCGUCCAGCAGCUUCUCCUUUCCAAAUCCACAGGAAUGCCCCAGAAAAAAGGCAUCAAAAGUUCACCAAGGACACCAGAGCAGCUCAAAGGUCAGCACUGCAGCCCUGAAGGUAACAAUUACCCUGCUGAGCAAGCAGGGACUCCCCUUUCAGACCCCCUUAGCACUCCGCAAUCAGUCCAUGCUGAAACCCAGGAUACUGAUUACCUGAGUGGAUCUGAAGAGCAACUGGAAAGGGGCUUCCUCUACUGUAAUCAGAGCCGCAGCCCAGCCCGUGUCAAUAGCAACUCCAAGGCGAAGCCCGAGUCAGUGUCCACAUGCUCGGUGACUUCUCCCGAUGACAUGUCCACCAAGUCAGACGAUUCCUUCCAAAGCAUCCACGCCAGCCUGCCGCUGGAGACCUUUACCAAGUUUGUGGCCAACGAGAGGGAUUGCCCGAGACUGCUCCUCAGCGCUCUGUCUCACGAGGAGCUUGCCUCUGAAAUCAUUGGUUUGCAAGAUGCUAUCAAUGAGAAAGCCGACAAAGGCUGGGCCAGUUCCCAUGCUCCAAACAAAGACCCCGACAAACCCCCUUUCCACUUGGAGAAUCACAGAACCUGCCUGGACUCUGUAGUCAAAAGCCCAUGGUCCAAUCAGGGGGACUCAAAUACCCUUGCCGAACCCUUGAAGUUAGACAAAGCUUUGGGGGGAAAUAAUGGGAAGAAUUUCACUGAGGAGGUGUACGACAACUCCCAGGUGGUGUUUACAACAGCAGAGACAAAGAAUUCCCUAAAAACAACCAGCUCCGUGGGCUACAACUCCAAACCCAAUAUCUCGGCUGCCACCUCCAGCUCCGAGACCACAAGUUUCAGCUGCUAUUCAAAUGCCACAGGCAAUUCAGUGGGUUCUGAAAGCGCCAUGGAGAAUUUUGACUGGCCAGACGAAAACCUCAGCGACACAUGGAAAGAACUCGGGUCGAGCCUUCAAGCGUCAGACCUUUCCAAGAGCUUGUUCUCUAGCAAACUGAGUGAGACGUCCGAGGAGAAAAAAAAUGCCUGCUGCUUGAGUCUCUGUGACACUGAUCAGCCAGCUGUGCCCGAGCAAAUAGAGGCCUUCACUCAGCAGCGCUUGGAAAAUAAGGGAGAAAAUUUGACUUAUGAAGAGGCCACCAGAGCAGACAGUGAAAGAUGGCUGGAGGACACCACUAGGAACUCCUGUUCUGGAGGAGACUUAAGCGAACUCCCAAUGAUGUCCUCUCCAGACCUUAAAGAAUCCGAUUUGGAACCUGAAGAAUAUUCCUCUUUGUGUGAACUAGCUGGUUCUGAGCAAAAAGCUUUGACCUACGACGCAUUUACUCCAGCAGAGAAUGCCCCAGCCCUCUCCCUCCAAGACACACCAGGUUCAGCAGAAGAAAUGGCAAACGCGGCAGAGAAAGCGAACACGACUCCUUCCCACUUGUCCGAUCAGUCUGUUAUCCUCUUAGGCCCAGCGGUCGGCACAGAGACAAAAGUGAAAAGUUGGUUUGAAUCUUCUCUGCAUCACUUGAAGCCUGAGGAGGAGGCAGCAGGAGGUGAAAGCUCCCUCCCAGACAAGGCAGAGUUGGCGCCUGCUUUGCUGGUGAAGAAUCAAGCCUCACUGGAAAAGGUGCCGAUAAUACCGGAACCAACCUCUAGGGGCAAAAGUCUUCGUAGUAAGAAGGUCCACUGCACGCUGUCGGGAGGAGAAGAACUUGUCCAACCCAUAUCGAGCCCAUGUACAGGGAACCAGGCAGCUGGCAUGGUGACCGGCACAUGCCCGGGACCAAACAAUCUGAUUGAAAUGCCAAGUAAGGAUGCCCACGGCCAGACUCCCAGGUUUCCAGCUGAAGGCUUGCCAGCUAGGAUGUGUACCCGUUCAUUGACGGCAUUGACUGAACCCAGGAUGCCAGAUCCUCUGGAAGGCGCAAAGGCCUCAAGCCCUCAAGAGAAGUCAGGCAAGAAAUCAGCUUGUGCCUUGAAACAGAGAGCUGCUUUCAAAGCCAGGAAGGCUAAUGGUAAACCUCCAAAGCCCAGCAAUCCGGCUCCUCCGCCGGCUUCAAAUUUGGGAGAGAAUGAGGAGUCUACCAGUCAUAAGGCCAAAGAAGCCGAUGCCAUCGAAACAGACAUGAAAGAUCAACAGUCCAUGAUCCUUCGCUCCAGGACCCGGACCCAGGAGGUCUUCCACACAAAGCGGAGGAGAGAGAGAAGUGCCAUAGAUGUGGGGCUCAAGGAUGGCAAACCACCCAAGAAGGUUCUUCCAAACAACCACUUGCCUGUCUCCUUCAAGAUCAGUCCCCAAAGCAGGUCUGAGAAGGAGAGCAAGCUGGUGAAAAGAUUGGCACUCCCUAAAGCCAGGCCUGGAAUGGGCAGCAAGAUGUCUGAGCAGCCGCUUCACACUCUGAAAAGGAAGUCUGCCUUCAUCCCGCCAGUUCCUGCUAAGAAGCGAAACUUGGUUCUGAGGAGCAACAAUCAUAGCAGCAGCAACAUGAAAGACGAGAAGCCAGAAACUUCCCCGGGUCUCUUCAAGAGAAUGCCGUUGGCCAAAAAGGCAAAAGCGAAGCCGUCUCCCAAGCACUCCUGCGAAGCAGUGCUCAAAUCCCCUCAGGCGAAAGAAAACCCCGACGUCUGCAUAAAAAUCACCUCUCGGGCCGCCUUCCAGGGAGCGAUGAAGACAAAAGUGCUUCCCCCGAGGAAAGGCAGGGGCCUGAAGCUGGAAGCAAUCGUCCAGAAGAUCACCUCUCCCAAUAUGAAAAAGUUUGCCUGCAAAACAGCCACGGCAGCCGUCUCCUUCCCUGUCUCCCCUGCUGCCACCUCCCACAGCAAUCCUCUCAGCCCUUCCCUACCGGAGAGGGAGCAGGCCUCAAAGAAUGCGAGCAUAACCCCAGCAGUGGGGGAAGCUAGGCCAUUAAACCAGGCCGUGUCACAAAAGGCUCCCGCCGCUCCAGCAGCCGAGCAAUUAUGCAGAAACCCGAACAACAGAUCCUUCAGAGGAAAACUAAUGAACAGUAAGAAACUGUCCUCCAACUGUUUCAAGGGUGAGGCCUAUUCAUCUCCUGAGCCGUUGCAGCACAGCAGUGACGGCAUGGCUGCGAGCAGCACCGGCCUGCUGCCCAAGAAAAGGAACAGAAAAGGGAAAGCCGCAGCCUUCCGAGCCGCCAAAAAUAGCUUGGAGAAGUGCCCUCACCUGAGCACUGCUCUGCUCUUUGCAUCCAGGGAGAAGGCAGCGGCGACAACAGCAGGCAGCAUUGACGAGGGACAAAGGGAGGGAAAGAAGGCAAAGGCUGAAGACAAAGGCUUCAGCAACACCGAGAGCUCUGAAGGAAGAGGCGCCCAGGCCCAAACCAGGGCACAGAAGCAGCGAGCCAACCAUUCCAGCUACAAUGGCUACACCAAGAGACAAAGGAAGCACCUCAGCCGCAGGAAGGCCCAAAGCGUGCCUUCAAGGUGCAAGAGCAGGGUCAAGAGGCGGCACCAGCAGCAGACGCCUCUGCUGAGCCCUGCCGAGCCCGAAAUCCGGCUCAAGUAUGUGUCGUGCAAGCGGCUGCGGGUAGACAGCCGAGCGCCACCCUUCUCUCCUUACGUCCGGGUGGAGAAGCAGGAUGAGUUUGUCACCACCUGCACUGUUGUCAACUUCCCCGCCGAAGAGGCCAAACUCCACAACGAACAGCGCUCUUCGUCUUUGUCGGCCCAGGCUGGGUUUUUUGGGACCGCCUCCCUGCAGCCCCGGGCAAUCCUACCUCUUUCGUCCACAAUGCACCUCGGCCCAGUGGUCUCCAAGACCCUCACCACCACCUGCCUGGUCUGCUGCCUGUGCCGGAAUCCAGCCAAUUACAAAGACCAGGGGGACCUCUGUGGGCCGUACUAUCCUGAGGACUGCCUGCCAAAGAAGAAGUCAAGGCUGAAAGAGAAGAUCAAAGUGGAGGGGCUGAGCGAGGAGCCUCCCUCGCCGUCUCUGGCAGAAAGACUGCUCAAAGCGACAGAUAAUAAUUGUGGAACGAGUACGUUCGGUGGGAAGCCGCCAAGGUUGGACAGUGGCGCUGACUCAGCGAAACAGAGCGCUCUCCGCUCCAGUUCGAGGGGGAUGUUUAGGAAACUACAAAGCUGUUACUGCUGCGAUGAGAGGACAGAGGGAGAGGAGGUGGCGGCGGCAGCAGCAGCAGCAGCUGCCGCUGAAAAGCCCAGGAGGCACGAGUGCAGCAAAGCUGAGUCCCCUCCUCCGGAUCCUGCCGGAGAUACACAAGAGCACUGGGUCCACGAGGCCUGCGUUAUAUGGACAGCUGGGGUUUACCUUGUGGCAGGAAAGCUCUAUGGACUUCAGGAGGCAAUAAAGAUGGCCGCUGAAGUGAGAUGUUCCAGUUGUCAGCAAAUAGGAGCAACCAUUGGCUGCUGCCAUAAGGGGUGUGCCCAAACCUUUCACUACACAUGUGCCAUUGAUACAGGUUGUUUGUUAAGUGAAGAGACCUUCUUGCUGAACUGCCCUAGACAUAAGAAGCAGCCGUUAUAAUGGAACCGGCAGAGAAGGGAAGGCGUCACCUCCACAAAGUCGCAGUUCCAGGGAGGGGGCUCAGGCAGCAGCUGUCACCAAGAUGAACUCUAUACGGGAGAGGCAAAGAGAAUGUAAUCCAGCCCAGUUGCCCUCCUCACCCUCCACCCCUCCUCAACACUUCCUUUGCAAUAGUUCUUCUUUAGGAUGUGAACAGACCUGGACGCACGCGGAUAUCCCUCGUUCCACCUCCAGGGCUGGCAGUUUCACCCGAGCCGACCCCAGAAGGCACAGAACUCCAGCCCUCCUUCUAAGCAUCUUCCAGGAAGCCCAUCCAGUCUCAUGGCAGGCUUGGCGGCUCAGGACCUUUGGCUCCAGUUCCCAAUUUUCUCCCUUUCCUUUGGCGUUCUUCCAAGAGCCGUUCCAGGUUGGCACAAAAAAAGCUGAAAGCCAGUUCCAGGCUUUUCUCCUUGCUCUUUCUUGGAACAUUGCCCAGAGCCAGUUCAGGAGAGAAGAGAAACUCUGGUUCCAUGUUUUCAUUCCUCCCACCUAUCCCCCCCCCCCAUACACACACAACCACAUAGGAGCUGUAACCAAUACUGAUAAGCUAACAUCUUCCACCUGGGACAUGGCUACUGACAAAACCUGGCCUGGAGCUUAUUUUGGGGUUGUUGUUUUUUUUAAAAAUUGUGCUUCUCACAGUGAAUCUUGAGGAUCGCCCGCCCCCUCCCCUUACUUUGGAACUUACAUCCCUUUGGCCAGAUUUAAUGGGAGGUCUGUAGCCAACAGGUUCUUGGGCCCAGCCCAAGUCAUGAUAACCUUUCCAGACUUUCUCUACAGAGGAGUGGUGAGGGCAAGGGGUUAGGCCGCAUGGGUUCUAGCAGGGGGCGAGAGGUGUCGGCGUACACAACAGUUCACCUUGUCUUUCUUGGGCAAUGCCGGACUCCGAAAGAGCUCUCCAGGCCUUCCUCCGUAUCUUUUUUCUGAUCUGAUCUAUUUUUGCCUUCAGCAAACCUCAUGGUGCGUGUGCGUGUAUGUGUGUAUCUGUAUAUAUAUGUGAUCAGCGUGUAAAAAGAAGCGCCCCAAUGUUUUUCGAAACAA